GCAGGUCCAGGUGAUGUGUUGCCUCACAGGUAGCCUAUGACACAGGUGACUAUUACCACUCCAUCGCAUGGCUGGAGGAGGCUGUCAGCCUCUUCCGCCUCUCCUAUGGCAGCUGGAACCCGGAGGACCGGAGCAGCCUGGAGGAUGCUCUGGACCAUCUCGCCUUCUCCUACUUCAUGGCUGGAAACAUCUCCCAUGCCUUGAGCCUCUCCAGGGAGUUUCUCCACUAUGAUCCCAGCAACCAAAGGGUGACAAGGAACGUGGCCAAGUAUGAGAAGCUGCUGGAGAUGGGGACGGGGGCGAGCACCAGACCCCUGAGACGCCCCAACAGCACCCGCCUGCAGAGCCGGGACGCCUACGAGGAGCUGUGCCAGCGCCCCAGGGGGCAGCCGGCCCCAGAGCGGCUCCUGCACCUUGGCUGCUCCUAUGAGACCAACAGCAGUCCCUACCUCCUCCUCCAGCCUGCCAAGAAGGAGGUGGUCCGGAUCCGACCCUAUGUGGCACUGUACCAUGAUUUCAUCAGCGAUGCUGAGGCUGAGACCAUCAAGGGGUUGGCAGGGCCCUGGCUGCAGAGAUCCGUGGUUGCCUCUGGGGAGAAGCAGCAGAAAGCCGAGUACCGGAUAAGCCAGAGUGCGUGGCUGAAGGACACGGCUGACCCCGUGGUGAGGGCCUUGGAUCGGCGCAUCGCUGCCGUCACCGGCCUGGACCUGCGGCCACCCUACGCCGAGUACCUGCAAGUGGUCAACUAUGGGCUGGGAGGCCACUAUGAGCCACACUUCGACCACGCCACGUCCAGGAAGAGCCCCCUUUACAGAAUGAAGUCGGGCAACAGGAUCGCCACGGUCAUGAUCUAUCUGAGUGCAGUGGAGGCUGGGGGCUCCACCGCCUUCAUCUACGCCAACUUCAGCGUGCCUGUGGUCAAGAAUGCCGCUCUUUUCUGGUGGAACCUGCGGAAGAACGGGAAUGGUGAUGGUGACACUCUCCACGCCGGCUGCCCUGUCCUGGCUGGGGACAAGUGGGUGGCGAAUAAGUGGAUCCAUGAGCACGGGCAGGAGUUUCGGCGGCCAUGUGGUGCUGACCCAGGGGACUGAGCCAUCGUGGGAUCAUGGAUGUGGCAAACCCAUCCCAGCACAGCAUGUUCCCAAGGCUGGAGUGAGAGGGAGGGAGGGAAGGAGGGAAGGGGGUGGAAGCGUAGUGGGGGGUAAUCCGAGGGGCUGUCACUUGCUCAGCCACGACCAAAUUGUGUGGAAAUAAAGUCAAAGGGCACUAAAAUGGAGUCUCUUUUGGGGUGACAAACCUAAUCCUGGGGCUCCCAGAGCUGUUUUGGAAUGUCAAAAUCCAGUCUCAGGGAUCCCAGCUCUGUUUCGGGAUGACAAACCCUAACCCUGCAGCUCCCAUCUGUGUUUUGGGAUGCCAGAAUCAAGUCUCGGAUCCCAGCUCUGUUUUAGGGUGCCAAAACCUCAAUCACAGUGCUCCCAUCCAUGUUUUAGGAUGCCAAAAUUCAGUCUCAGGGAGAUGCCAUCUCCUUCCACCCCUCCUGGCCCCCCGCCUCCCCGCAGACAGAUUC